UGUUCCUUGAAGUUGUUUUCGCACAUCUCAAUCUGCAACCCGUACAACAAUUACACCAACUGCAGCACCAAUCGCAACUAAAUGUCAGGUCGCUGGUAGAUCUGUCAAUUUUCAGAUUAUGCCCCAACUAUCUACAAACUACUAGGGAAAGCAUGGAUUUGCGCAGUGAGCCGCUCUGGCAGUGGCCGUCUGGAUCGUCUGCGCCGGGCCAGUCGAAUCAAACAGAGCAAGACUCUACAGAGACGCCUUUACAGGGCGAGUCCGGCGGUUCCUCGCAUGGGGCUCGGCAAAGGCACUAUUCGCCCCGGACAUGUCGCAUCUGCUUGGAGACGGUCCAUCCCACCUUUCCUCCUCCCUCCGAACAUAUACCCGGCUUUCUCCAGUCCCGCCAGCGGGUCGUCUACGAAUCGUCAGACCCGGAGUCUGGUCGAUUACUUCGGCCCUGCAAAUGCAAAGGGUCCUCCCGUUAUGUGCACGAAGGAUGCCUGCAACUGUGGCGGCAUUCUGACCCCGGCUACGGUCAGCGCAAUUACUGGCACUGCCCGACAUGCGGAUUUCAUUACCGGCUAGAACGUCUCCGGUGGGCGCGUUGGAUUAGUAGCACCGUCAUGCAGCUCGCAUUGACACUCGCCAUUCUGCUGUUUACUGUAUUUUUGCUUGGAUUCAUUGCUGACCCCAUCUUGAAUAUCUUCGUGGACCCUGUGGAUCCCAUUGUACCCCCCGAGAUCUUUAAUGCCAGGUCGGUGAAGCCGAUGGCCAACAUCCUUGCCGAUGACCGCAAGGCCUCCUGGACUGAACACUAUCUCAAGGGCGUGGCCUCGCUGGGCUUGCUGUCCUGCAUCAAGUCUGUUUUCGCACUCUCCCCCUGGCACGGGCUGACACUGCGCCCCUCGCGCUUCCUCGGCGGCAGCAGCUCCGGCCGGAAUACCGGGCGCAACCGAGUCGGGUGGCUCAUCAUCGUCAUCGGCGUGGGCACAUUCCUGUGGGCUGUCUACAAGGGCGUGCGGACCUGGAGUUGCAAAGUCUUGGAGACAGCGGGCGAGCGCGUGAUGGAUGUUCCGUUGCCGGAUGACGAGGACGAAGCCGAUCCCCUGCCCGCGGAUGCGAGUAAGAAGGACGAAUGAUCCAGGCCUUCCCACUAAUUUGUGAUAAUCUUUCGAGCCAUCGUAAUCAACCCUUGUUUCUUGUUCAAGAUGCGAAUCAUUUCUCAGUCACAGUUCCGUGAUACCUUUCCUCCCGCACUACUUAAGUUGCCACUCUCCUUUUCACGAUGAGGUGUCAAUUAGUCGAUGUGCGCAGAAUGCCCCCGACCCUCGUUAACUUCCGAGGCUCGUCUUGAUGAGUGGAUCCGGGCCUGGCGCCGAACGUUUUGUUCUACUGCCUUGUCUGAGCUGCUCGCUUAUGUCAAACUUGCCCGGAGGGAGGGUCGACCUGCACUUCUCUCGAUCCAAAUAGGCGCUAUGGUUCUUCUACGGCGUUUUCGAUCGAGGUGCUGGACAUGCUUAUACUCG